AUGCGUGUGCUAGUCGCAGCGUUUGCGGCGCUGCUGGCUCGCGCGUUGGCCAGCCCGCACGAGCAUCGAGCGCGGCACCAUGCACCAGAGCACGCCUCACAUUUCCCUAUACCAGCCCCUCCCCAACCAUACCGAGGCCAUGGGGAAGCUGUGAGAUACAAUCCCGAAUCUGACACGAUCCUCCCACGCAUAGACGAGCACGAAACUUCAUCGAAGCGCGCCAAAUCCGAAGAAACUGAAACCUCCUCUAAGCGAGCUCACGAUGAACGAUUCUACUCUAAUCAUGAACGAGUCGAAGAACUCAUGGCUGACGAACCUCAUUAUGGACCAGAUGAAGAAGAUCCACUAAUUGUUCGAACUAGAAAAGGACGAGUUAAGGGAAUUACACUCACAGCCGCAACCGGUAAAAAAGUAGAUGCUUGGUUUGGAAUACCAUAUGCUCAAAAGCCAAUUGGUGACCUAAGGUUCAGGCACCCAAGACCCAUUGAAAGCUGGGGUGAAGAAAUACUCAAUACAACAACACUGCCACAUUCGUGCGUCCAAAUUAUAGAUACAGUAUUUGGGGAUUUUCCCGGUGCUGUGAUGUGGAAUCCCAACACAGAUAUGCAGGAAGACUGCUUAUAUAUAAAUAUAGUUUCACCGAGACCACGUCCGAAAAAUGCAGCCGUAAUGCUUUGGGUCUUCGGUGGGGGAUUUUAUUCUGGAACUGCCACCUUGGAUAUUUAUGACCCUAAGAUUCUUGUAUCUGAGGAAAAUGUUGUGUACGUAUCUAUGCAGUAUAGAGUUGCAUCUUUGGGAUUCUUAUUUUUUGAUACAGCUGAUGUCCCCGGUAAUGCAGGUCUAUUUGAUCAAAUAAUGGCCUUGGAGUGGGUUAAAGAUAAUAUUGCAUAUUUUGGAGGAAAUCCACACAACAUAACACUGUUUGGCGAAUCAGCUGGAGCAGUGUCAGUUUCACUUCAUUUACUUUCACCGUUGUCAAGGAAUCUAUUUUCCCAGGCAAUUUUACAAUCUGGAGCUGCAACAGCUCCUUGGGCUAUUAUUUCUAGAGAAGAGAGUAUUCUACGUGGAAUGCGAUUAGCAGAAGCAGUACAUUGUCCGAGCUCUAGAACAGAUAUAGGCCCAAUGAUAGAAUGCUUACGGGAGAAAAGCGCUGACGAGUUGGUAAAUAACGAAUGGGGAACAUUAGGUAUAUGUGAAUUUCCAUUUGUGCCCAUUAUAGAUGGAUCCUUUUUAGAUGAGAUGCCACGUCGGUCUCUAGCUCACCAAAAUUUUAAAAAGACUAACAUUCUUCUAGGUUCAAACACUGAAGAAGGUUAUUAUUUCAUAUUGUACUAUCUAACAGAACUCUUUCCAAAGGAGGAAAAUGUUGGCAUCUCUAGGGAACAAUAUCUUCAAGCUGUGAGAGAACUAAAUCCUUACGUAAAUGAUGUUGCGCGUCAAGCAAUUGUGUUCGAAUAUACAGAUUGGAUCAACCCGGAAGAUCCAGUGAAAAAUCGAAACGCUCUGGAUAAAAUGGUUGGUGAUUACCAUUUCACCUGUGGGGUCAAUGAGUUCGCCCAUCGAUAUGCGGAAACUGGUAAUAACGUCUACAUGUAUUACUAUAAACACCGGAGCAAGAACAACCCAUGGCCUUCUUGGACUGGUGUAAUGCAUGCUGACGAAAUUAAUUAUGUAUUUGGAGAACCUUUAAAUCCCGGAAAAAACUAUUCUCCAGAAGAAGUAGAAUUCAGUAGACGACUUAUGAAAUAUUGGGCAAAUUUCGCAAGAUCUGGGAAUCCGUCAAUAAACGCUGGUGGCGAUAUGAUCAAGGAGCCGUGGCCGGUGCAUACAGUUUCGGGUAGAGAAUAUCUCUCUCUGGCAGUGAAUUCUAGUAGUGUCGGACGUGGAUUACGAGUCAAACAAUGUGCAUUUUGGCAGAAAUACAUACCUCAAUUAAUGGUCGCAACAAGUAAGCCGGAUCCACCGCAGAACUGCACGAACAUCGCACCUGUGUCCCAAUCCUCGUACAUUGCAGUGGGUUUCAGUUAUAUUUCAGUGGUUAGCUUAAACACAAUGUGGUUCAAAUAUUUUAAAUUCUUAAACUAA